UAGAAACAAAAUUUCCGGCGAAAUGUAGGUCUUGAUAAAAUCCCGUUACGCAACUAAUUUCGCAGUGUGAUACGCUCAGGUGUCAGUGAACUGUUUGCCGAAAAAUGACCGAGAAGAUCCUCUUUGCAUUUGACUUUGAUCACACAGUUAUAGAUGAGAACAGUGACUUGUACUGCAAGAGACUCGCACCCAAUGGAAAAAUUCCGCAGGAAAUCGAAGAUACCUGGAGCAGUGUGGGGUGGACUAAAUACAUGGGUCUCAUAUUUGAAUACCUUCACAGGCACGGAGUAACGGAACAACACUUCAGAGAAUGCAUGAAUGAGAUCCCAUUGACAAAAGGAAUGAGAGAACUUAUUGGGUAUGCCACAGAAAAUAAACACGAAAGCAUCAUUAUUUCGGACUCUAAUUCAUGGUUCAUUGAAUACAUUUUAAACGAAUCUGGUCUCAAGGAGGCUUUUUCAGAGGUGUACACCAACCCUGCACAAUAUGACGAAGAAGGUCGUUUGACAAUCGAGUUUUAUCACAAACAGGACUGGUGCGACUUGAGCACCGUCAACCUGUGCAAGGGACAUAUACUGCAAGAACACAUCAGGAGGAGGGAAAAGGAGGGGAUCCAAUAUAAGUGUGUGGUGUUGGUGGGGGACGGGAGCAACGACUUCUGUCCUGCCCUCAGACUCACGGAAAAUGACUACGUGUGUCCUAGGAUCAGUUACAGGUUGUGGAAAAAAAUUCAAAAGUUGGAAAGUGACCAAGAAAAUGUCAGUAACGGACAUAAGCUUAGGGCUCAGGUUGUAAACUGGACGUCGGGGUUAGAUAUUCUGGAGUUUCUGAAAUCUUUGGAUGGAUGAUUAAACUGACAAUUGCUUUAUAAUAUUACUACCGGUAAGAAUCCAAGUGAUGGGUUUGUUUUAAGGUGUCGACUUUUCAAGAAAGCCAUCUAAAGUAACUUUUGGAAGUGUUGUUCAUGCAAUAAUAGAAUGAAGAUGGAUAUUGCAAUAGUUGAAUGUAUUGUAAUUGAAAACAUUUAUCUUUCAUUGGAACAUAACUAUGUUGAAUUAGUUGUUAUAUAAAUUAUUGUUAUUCUUUAUAACUGGUGCUGUGGGAGUGUUUCUUGUUUAUGUAUUCAUUUGUCACCUGCUGUAUGUGGCUAAAAAAGGAAAAAUUUACAUAAUUACAAGUUUCAAAAUUAAGAAUAUUGAACAUUUUGUUCCAAAUCUGCAUUUUAAUAAAGUAACAUUGCAUAUAAUUUAUAUAAUACUACCUUAAUUGCUACUAAGUAUAUAUAAAGUCUGUUAAUAUCAUGUUUAUUCCACAUGUUCCAUACAUUUUUUCUAAUCUGCUUAUUUUUAAAAACAAAGUAUUCUCCUUCUGACUUUACAAUUCUGAUUCUGCCUGGAGACAUUCUGCAUUAAUGAUGCUUCAUAAUAUACAUAUAUAUACGUAGAAACAAUUAUAGACAUUCAUAAAUAUUCAUGUAUAUUUGGGCUUAUCUGUUUACUUGAGUCCUAAUAUUAUCCUUGGUUUGAAAACUUUUACUUUUUACGUACAGGUAUAUAACAUUGAUGAGUGUGACCAUUUGGGGGGUUUAUUCACACUGAAGUUGUAGGAUUUAUUUUUGGGUUUAUUCAUAUUUAUUAUUAAAUACAUACAAGGAGUAUACUAGUCAACAUUGACCAGUCUGAUUUAUUAUG